GCGUAACAGUUUCUGAAGCAUGGCUUUGUGAUAAGUCACCGCGGCUUGCCGUUGUCGGCCCCACAGAGGUGGGCAACGUCACAACUGACGGCCUGGGGGAAUGUGCGUCCUGGGCCGACUUCUAAGGGAACUUUGCCGACAUAUGUCUGAAAGCGUCUGAGGAAAUCCAGGAAAAACCCAGACAGCACGGGCGACACCGGGAUUCGAACCCGGGUACCUCCCAAUCUCGACGUGACAUGGCCAGCAGCGAACGGCAUGCUGUGGCGAAGAAGUAGGAAGAAGAAUUUUAUUUAUUUUUUUAGUUUGGUGACAUUGCCAUAGACGACGAAAGAGAACCUUACUCCCCACCACCACCACACAGACAUAGUGGCUGAAGAAGAAGAAGAAGAAGAAGAAGAAGAAGAAAAUCGUCUCGUGCUGCAAUUUUCCAGCGAUAUUCGAAUAUGGCUCCACCAUCUCAGCGCUCGUCUUCCGCAGAUCGAACGGGCAAAAAAACGCCUCGUCCUCAUAAGGAUGGAACGUCAGACGUCCAUCUCUUCACCUAUUUCAAGAAGGCCAUGGGCUAUUCAUCGCCGUUUCUCAUGUCCUUCAUUCUGAGGCAAGAAUCCAAGGCCACGUCGUGCGUCUACUGCGUUACUCUGAUCGUCAUAAUGUGGAUCACAGAGAUAAUCCCUGUUCCGGUACUUUCCUUGCUGCCUCUCCUUGUUUUACCACUGCUUGGUGUAAUGAGCGCCAAUGCCGCCGCCCUGGGCUAUUUCAAUUCGGAGCAGGUGUCGGCUGCGACGUUUAUGUGCAUUGCGGCUGCUCUGGGACGGACCUCUCUCCUGGUGCGUGCCGGCCUCUUCAUCUGCGGUGCGUCCGGCCUCGAACGGCGUCGUGUCAUGGCUACAUUCUGGUUCUGUUCCUUCGUCACAUCCGUGUCUCUGUCCAGCUGCGUCAACACACUCCUCUACGCCUCUGUCAUCGAAGUACUUGUGGCAAGCAUUCGCGACAGCCUGCUAGCUGGACAGCAGGUUAAGGCUCUGCAACGCGCACGCUUUUACAGAAAGAGGGGGUCUGAACGCAGAGCGGAGGCUAUUAUGCAAGUGUUCGGGAGUUCCUCACCAAUUCUACGCCCAAUUGUACGCCGUCAGCCCGAGGAUGAACAGCCCCCAAGACCGAUAUCCAGCCGACAAGCCACAGGCGCCCCGGAGAGCUCCAGCGAUGAAAGGACCCCGUCACCGUCUCCAGGGCAGUUGACCAACGUUCGUCGGCCACGAUUCACCGACCUAGACUACUGCAUGGACGAAAUUGUCGUCGUGUCCGAAAGCAAGAACCCUCAACCCUCCUUGGAACAAGAUAUACAGGUAUCUUUGUCAAGGAAGUUCCCGAUCCUGUCAUCAGACUUUGAAUAUAGGGAUGUGGCGUCUACCUAUAACUCCGAAAUGUUCUCGAGCCUCGAUCCAACAGUUCUGUCAACUUUCGAAAUGCUUGAUGAGGUCCAACGGCGAGUUGAAUCACAAUUACAGCAUGUGAGACGACCGCAGAAGGUCCUUGUGCUCUCAAUUGCGUACACUUCGAUAUUGGGGUCUCUUACAUUCAGGGGACUGCCUAUGCUGAACAGGAUUGUGGACCAUAUGUCAAUGAUCGAUAGUACGUCAGAUCCAGAGCCACACCACGAUCUCUCUUCGCUGUAUUGGAUCGCUAUAAUGCUGCCUAUAGUCUUGUGCUCGUGCGCAGCCUCGUGGGUCCCUCUUCACUAUGGCAUACUGACACACUACAAUGUGAGUGAAGAUGAGGAUGUUGCUAGCAGUCUCUCCGAAAAGCUUGCUCAUAGAUGGCGCAAACUGGGCCCCAUGGCGCGAAAAGACUACGUCCCACUGGUUUACGCCGCAACGGCCAUUUUCUUGACGUCGCUUCGGCGACCAUUUCAUUUCCUCGGACCACUCGGAAUUCAUGACGCACUUGAAGCAGACAGUUUGCAACCCUGGCUUGUAAUUGGCACUAUAGUCAUGCUGUUGAUGAGUAUAUCUCCGUACAGAAAGGGCUCCGACACCAGCCCUAGCAGCAGAAUCUUAACUGCUGAGGUUAUGCGCCUGCGAUUUCCUUGGGGUAUAUUACUCCUUUCCGGAGCAGGAUUCUGCAUGUCAGCUGCAGUUCAGGAGACUGGGAUGGCAGAUAAUGUUGCAGUGUGGCUGAGCACCAUAGCAGACGAUCGGGUGACAUUACAGUGCACAUUGGCAGUGGUGUCGGCGUUGAUAGCCGAGACAUUUAGCUCGAACCGUAGCCUCUACGUUUUCAUGCCAGUCGCCGCCAACAUGGCGAAGAAUACCAACAGUUCCUUGCUGUACUUUGCAAUCCCGCUGCUGACAACUGUAGAAACUGCGUUCGUGUUGCCAACCUCUUCUCUGACACGUGCCAUAACUGAGGAGUUUCUCGACGUGCAUCCCGCUUGGGCAGACAAUCAGGCAGCUGAGAUACUCGUAACUACGGGGAGUGGGGCCAUAGCUUUAGCAAGCAGCUCGUCCAAAUUGACUACUGCUCUGCUGAAGAACUGCUGCGCCAAGCUUGCAACUGGAGUCACCUUCAAGACAGCAGUCAUAUUUUUCACUAUCCUCUGGGUGAACAUGGUGGGACGGGCUAUUUUCUGAUACGUCAAGCUUCCUAUUCUGAGCUGCAUUGAAGACUAAUGACAUCGUUCGUGAUAAUGAUCAUAAAAUCUUAAUAUAUUGUUCGAAAUGUG